AUGAAAGGCGUGAGGGCUUUCAGUGCUCCAGGUAAAGCAUUGCUAGCUGGUGGAUACUUAGUAUUGGACCCCAAAUAUGAAUCAUUUGUAGUGGCGCUAUCAGCACGUAUGCAUGCGGUUGUGUCUUCGACAACAGUUCCAGAUAAUGAUAAUAAGUUAAUUAUAAAUGUUAAAAGUUCUCAAUUUAAUAAUAAUGAAUGGAACUAUUCUGUAUCAAAAGAUCAAGGUUAUGAUCCUAUCGAGAGAGAUGGUAAAUCCAAUCCAUUUAUAGAAUUCACAAUCUCCAACGUUUGCAAUUAUUUUUCUGAUAAUGAAUCCUUUGAUAACAAAAUCACGAUUGAAAUAUUUUCAGAUGCUGAGUAUCACUCUAAAGAAAACUCAUUGAUUAUGAGUAACAACUAUAUGUCAUUUCCUUUCCAUAAGAAGAAUAUUCAAGAUGUUCCCAAAACUGGGUUGGGAUCGUCCGCAGGGUUAGUGACAGUACUGACAACCGCCUUGAGCUCUGUCUUUUUAAAGGACUUGGAUGUGUCAAGUAUAAAAUAUCAACAUACAAUUCAUAAUUUAGCACAGAUUGCUCAUUGUCAAGCUCAAGGGAAAAUUGGAAGUGGAUUUGACGUUGCUGCUGCUACCUAUGGUUCCAUUAUUUAUAGGAGAUUCCUGCCAGAAAUAAUAUCUCAAUUACCUGAAUUAUCUGUGGAUAAUUUUGAAAGAUAUCACAAUGCGUUAAAGGAUGUAGUUGAUACAUGUAAUUGGAAAAUGAUAGCAUCUCCAACUAAUUUACCUAAAGGAUUUAAACUUAUUAUGGGUGAUGUAAAUACAGGUUCUGAAACAGUUAAACUUGUGCAAAAAGUCAAGAAAUGGUAUGCCAAUAAUCAACCGCACAGUUUAGAUGUAUAUAAUUGUAUUGAUGAAAACAAUAUGAAGAUUAUUCAGCUUUGCAAAACAUUGGAUUCUUUGAGUAAGACCGAUACAGUAUAUUAUUCACAACUGUUGGAAGGUCUUUAUAAUGGAUAUACUGAUGACUUCAAGGAAUUGAAAGAGUUUAAGCAUGCUUUUUUGACAAUUAGAAAGAACUUCCGUUUGAUCUCCAAGGAAUCAGGUGCAGAUAUCGAACCCUCUAUUCAGACGGAGCUUUUAGAUAAUUGCAUACAGAUAAAGGGUGUUUUGGCCGGAGUUGUUCCUGGAGCAGGUGGUUUUGAUGCUAUUUCAUUGAUUGCAAGUGAAAAUACAGAUAUUGAAUCAGAAACUUCUGGAUUAACUGCUUUUUCUAACGUUUCAUGGAUGAAACUAAAACAGGCAGAAUGUGGGUUGAUGGAGGAGGACCCGCAACAUUAUAUAGGUUUACGAGCUGCUCAUUAA